CCAUCAAUGGGGAAAUACUUUUAUUGGUGUAAUAAUAAUAUACGAGGAAAACGUGGAGCUAGGUUGUUGUAUCCAUUGAACACAAGCCAUGUAAGUAUAUAUUUCUCAUUUCUAGACACUUGUUAUACAUUAAAACCAUCUUGCAUCUCUCUCACAAGAACAAGAUGACGUGGAUCAUUCUAGUUUCGUGCAUCGGCUUCGUCUGCCUCUUGAAGAAUCUAACCUCCCUUGUGAGAUGGAUCCUCAACCUGCUUCUCCGACCCGCAAAGGAUCUCACGAGUUACGGCUCCUGGGCUCUCGUCACUGGUUCCACCGAUGGAAUCGGGAAAGCCUUUGCUUUCAAACUGGCCGCCCUCGGCCUCAACCUAGUCCUGCUCAGCAGGAACUCCGCAAAGCUCAAAACGGUCUCCGCCCAAAUCCAGGCUAGCUUUCCCCACAUAAAGAUCAAAGUAUUCGAGCUCGACUUUUCAAGCGGAGACGUGGGCCCGGCCCAACUGAAGGAGGCCGUCAAGGGUCUCGACAUCGGGGUGUUGAUCAACAACGUCGGCGUUACUUAUCCACGGCCCAUGUACUUCCAUGAGGUGGAUGACCAAGUGUGGAUGAAUUUGGUGAGGGUCAAUCUACAAGGAACAACUCACGUUACCAGAGCAGUUAUAGCAGGUAUGAUCCAUAGGGGAAGAGGCGCAAUUCUUAACAUUGGGUCGGGUGCAUCAGUUGUUGUACCCUCUCAUCCAUUAUAUGCCAUUUACGCCGCCACCAAAGCGUAUGUGGAUCAGUUAUCAAGAAGCCUGUAUGUAGAGUACAAACACUAUGGAAUUGACAUCCAGUGUCAGGUACCACUAUAUGUAUCAACAAGAAUGGCAUCAGAAGUUGCAUAUGUGGAGAAAUCAACAAUAUUCAUACCAACAGCUGAGAGAUAUGUGGAAGCAGCAGUUAAGUGGAUAGGUUAUGAAAGCAGGUGCAGUCCUUACUGGGCCCAUUCUCUACAGUGGUUCUUUGCUUCAAUGUUGCCUCAUUCUCUUCUUCAUUCUUGGAGGCUCUCUGUUGCCAUUACAAGAACUCAAAAAAAACCCACCUCUCCUUAAUUACUUAAUUUAAUUAAGGAAUAGUAGCUGUUAAAUAAAUAAUGACUUUUGCUCUAUCCAUAAUAUUAUCACCUUUUGAUUUGUAGAGGUGAUGAUUUUAUUGAACAUUUAUAAAAUAGAGCAAAAAACCAUUAUUUAUUUAAUUAGUAAUUAACUCUUAAUCUGCCCAUGUUUUGUACGUAAAUUUAUAGUGUUAUCUUUCUUCUAUCAUUUUGUAACCUGUCUCGACUUUCAAGUUUCAUCAUUAAUUUGUUCUAGUA